GCUCUGGAGUCCCCUCUCCUGCUUAAUAUUCCGCCUGCUCCGCCGAUGUUGUGCUUGGCUCCGGUGGGACUGCAACUCACGGCUUGAAACCGGAGCCAAUUUUCUGUCUUAGUCUCGCAGUGUUUUGACUGGAGGCAGAUCCAGUUCAGUCCGAUCGGGGCUAGUGGAAACAACUACCCAAGUCUCUGCUGUCUGCUUCCUUCGGGAGGGAAGAAGAAAGAAACGCGAUUGCUGACUGCUGGGCGCGCUCCCUCGCACACACAUACACACCCCCGCACACCCCACUGCACACACACACACACGCACCGCAGCAGGCACACGCCAGACCCGUCGGUGCCGGGCGCGCCGUGCCAUCGCCACCACGAGAGAAUGGGAAGCGUGUGAGCGGAUCCGUGCUAGUGUGUGCCGGCGCCCGCGAUGACCCUGGUGCUGCCCAUGCAGCGGCUGGGCCGCCCCAUCGCCGACGACGGAGCUGCUGACCUCGCCGCCUACCGCGCCCUCUGGGAGCCGCCCUGCUGUGGUCGUCCCGGCCCCGCCGCCCCGCCGCCCCCUGCCCCGCCGGCCGCCGCCAGCUCCCCCCCCGCAGGAUCGCCUUACAGGGGAGUUUCAAAUCCUGCAACAACAUCCAAGAUCACAUACUUUAAAAGGAAAUAUGUGGAAGAAGAGGAUUUUCAUCCACCACUCAGCAGCUGUACACAUAAAAUGAUCUCUGUGUUUGAGGAGCGGGCCCAUAUUCUUUACAUGUCUUUGGAAAAGCUGAAAUUCAUCGAUGAUCCUGAAGUCUACUUGCGGAGGUCUGUACUCAUCAACAAUCUAAUGAAGAGAAUCCAUGGAGAAAUCGUCAUGCAGAACAGUUGGUGCUUCUCCACCUGCUCCUUCAGUGGCACCUCCCCACAAGAGUGGUUUGUGCCUCAGGACUGUCCAUACAGAAAACGCCUUCGGAUGGCAAAGGAGGAGUCCGAGAAACUCCACACAUGCUGCUUCUAUCAAGAGUGUGGCAGUCACUAUUUAAACCUACCCUACUCUGUUAAUGCUAAUACAGAAAAUACUUCCUCCUCUUCCUCCUCCUUUUCUUCCUCCCUUCCCAUUUCUUUGCCAGGCUGUUCCCAGCAGGUGGAUUAUGACGUUGGCAGUGGCCCUUCUUACAGGAGUGAUGACCAGAUACCUGCUAAUGAAAUAUUCAUCAAUAAUGCCAGGUCUCACAGUAAUCAGGAAAAGGCAAAAUUUAAUGAUGAGAAAGGAGAUGAUGAACCUGAGCAAGAGAGCAUUGCCCUAAACUGUGAACCUGUAAAAGGCACCCAUGCUCUUGAAUGUAAAGGCAAAUUUUAUGACUGUUUUGAGACUGGAUGCAGUGACAAGAGCAACGUAAGUGAAUCUUGGAAAACAUCCUUAAGGAAAAAGGAAUCUUUACCGAGUAAUAAACUGUGCUGCAGCAAAGGAAGUAAAAUAUGAGAGGUGGUUCUCGCUCUGUUGAAGCAUGCGCAGCAUGUUCGUUUUGUCUAUCAAUUUUUUAUUUCCAAGGGGUUUUUAUAGUUUUCUACAAAUUCUAACGAUGGUGCCACAAACAUCACAUGUAUUUUUAAGUGACUGGAGAGCAGAUUUGCAUAAAGUGUCUCCAUGAUCUGCAUCAGCGGGCUGUUUAUAAAUAUGGAGACUUCAGAAAGAGCACAGUUGUGUUACUGCCUAGCACAAUAGUCUGUACGUCUAUGGUGUAGCUUUCCUUACUGAAAGUACCAAUCAGCCAGAUGGGGGAAAUACAUUGGUUUAUAGAUCUCUCACCCCCAAGAAGUCUGCCAUUAAUUAAGAAGAACCUCCAUUAUGUUUACCAAGGAAUUAGAAGCCUGGUAAACAAAUUUAUGCUACCAGCAAGCUGGUAAUACGCUCCUUGGAGCUCCGUAUUUGUUCUGACAAAGGAUUGUCUUCGUGGACUGGGAAUAAACCAUCCUUACAUUUUGUGUUGCUACUCUUGAAUUCCUGGAUUCGGCAUCUUUUUUCAACUGACAAAACAGGACAUAGCAUAAGGAAGUAACCUGUUUAUGGGAUAAUAAUCAGAAGCACUACAUGCAGCUCAAGUCCUCGCAUGUUUUCAUCUCGGAUGUAAUAACUCAUGAGGCUUGUUGUUAACACAGGGCAGGUUUGGUUUUUUGGUGCCUUACAUUUUGUCUUAAUUUUUGCUAGUGUGAAAAUUAAGUAUAAAUCAGCGAUUAAAGCAGGGAUUUAACCUAAACAGAGGAACAAAACAAAAAAAAAAAAAAAAGAAAGAAAGAAAAAAAGAAAA